CUCCGUUAGAUUCCUUCGCAAAAUCCAAACCGCGCAAUUCAUUGUUCAGAACCAUACAUCCAAGGAAUUCCCCUUCCUUGAUGUACUUGGUAAUCUACGAAUCCGGAUUACUUAUUAUUCAGCUCUAUCUAGAAUAUUAUUUGCGGAGGAUAACGUUGAUAGAGACUUUGAGGAAUUUAUUAAACCUUGGGACGCUACAUUGGUUGAACUCGGAACCUUAAAUUCCCUGCAAGCUUUCAGGCAACCUGCGGUCAAAGCAACUCUGUCGGGUAUCUUUAGAGAUUUGAGAGGAUUCCUUUCUGCCAUUCAAAGUCGAAAGAAUUUUUUAAUGUUUUUUGAAUGGUUUUACCCUAAUCACAUGCAGGUUCUUUGUCAUGCUUUGGAAGCCUGGUCUGAUGAUGGAUUAGCUAUUGCAAUUCUCAAAUUCUUCCAUGAAUUU